AUGGGGUAUACGCGUGUCAGUGAGAUGCGGAAACAAGAUUCCAGCUGGCGAAGAGUAGGUCAUAUCAGUGCUAGUGUAGUGAAGUUUUUAUUAAUGGUGGCUGUGUUUGGGCAAGUGGCUGGCGGAAAGCCUAUAAGUGAGACCCUGCAGAGGGCCUUGUCGGCGGUUCGUGGUCCCAGUCCUGGUGCGAAGAAGCUGUUGAAUAUCCCUGAGGAUGGAGGAACGGAAUUCAACUGCCAUCAAUAG